AUGAGUGCAACCAUUAAAUUGGAAAAUACUCAGCGAAGAGAUGAGUUGGUCGCCAUAGAGAAGAAGUACCAGAAAAUAUGGGCCGAGGAGAAAGCGUUCGAGGUCAACGCACCCACUAUUGAGGAAGACCCUACUGAUGACGCUGAUAAAUUGAGAGAAAAAUACCCCAAGUUUUACUCCACCAUGGCUUUUCCUUACAUGAAUGGAACGUUGCACGCUGGUCACAGUUUCACUUUGUCCAAGGUUGAGUUUGCAACUGGUUUUGAGAGGAUGAAUGGCAAAAGAGCUCUUUUUCCUUUGGGUUUCCACUGCUCGGGAAUGCCCAUCAAGGCGGCUGCGGAUAAGAUCAAGAGAGAACUUGAGCAAUUUGGCAAUGAUUUCUCUGGAGUACCUGCUGACGAUGAAGAAGAAGAAGAGGAGAAGAAGGAGGUCAAAAAUGAGGACGUUACCAAGUUUAAAGCCAAGAAGUCCAAGGCAGCUGCUAAACAGGGCCGUGGAAAAUACCAGUUUGAAAUCAUGAUGCAAUUGGGUUUAUCGCGGGAAGAAGUUGCCAAGUUUGCUGACCCUCACCAUUGGUUGGAAUUUUUCCCUAAGUUGGUGCAGAGAGAUGUUACUGCGUUUGGUGGAAGAGUCGACUGGAGACGUAGUUUUGUCACCACCGAUGCCAAUCCCUACUUUGAUGCUUUCGUGAGAUGGGAGAUGAACAGAUUGAGAGACUGUGGUAAGAUCAAGUUUGGUGAAAGAUACACCGUCUACUCGGAAAAGGACGGUCAACCAUGCUUGGAUCACGAUAGACUGUCGGGAGAAGGUUUGAAUCCUCAAGAGUAUACCGGUAUCAAGAUUAGAGUCACUGAAUUUGCUCCUAAAGCGCAAGAAAAUCUUGCCGAGCAAAAGUUCGAUUUCUCUGAUAAGAAGGUGUUUUUGGUGGCUGCCACCUUGAGACCUGAAACCAUGUAUGGACAAACUUGUUGUUUUGUGUCUCCCAAGAUCAAAUAUGGCAUUUUCCAUGCUGGAAACAACGAGUACUACAUUUGUACCGAGCGUGCUUUCAAGAACAUGUGCUACCAAAAGUUGACUCCAGAAAGAGGUAACUACAAAUCGGCAGCUCAAAUUGACGGUUCUGCUUUAAUUGGAUCAAAGAUUACUGCUCCAUUGGCUGUGUAUGACGAGUUGAGAGUUCUUCCCAUGGAAACCGUUUUGGCUUCGAAAGGUACUGGAGUGGUUACCUGUGUGCCAUCAGACUCUCCUGACGAUUUUGUCACUACCAGAGACUUGGCUAACAAGGCCGAGUACUACGGUAUUCAGAAGGAAUGGGUCAAGACAGAAAUUGUUCCAGUGGUCAGAACUGAAAAGUUUGGUGACAAGUGUGCUGAAUUUUUGGUUAACAAGAUGAAGAUUCAAUCGCCCAAGGAUUCCGUCCAAUUAGCAGAAGCUAAGGAGCAGGCUUAUAAGGAAGGAUUUUACAAUGCCACCAUGAUUGUUGGAAAGUAUUUUGGCGAAAAAGUUGAGGAUGCCAAGCCAAAGGUGAAGGCUGAUCUUGUGGCUUCUGGAGAUGCUUUCGUGUACUGUGAACCUGAAGGUAUGAUUAUUUCCAGAUCUGGUGAUGAGUGUAUUGUUUCUCUUGAGGACCAAUGGUACCUUGACUACGGUGAGGAAUCAUGGAAAUCACAGGCUUUGGAUUGUUUGGCUCACAUGCAAACUUUCACCAAGGAGACAAGACACGGAUUUGAAGGUGUGUUGGACUGGUUGAAGAAUUGGGCUUUAACAAGAACAUAUGGUUUGGGAACCAAGUUGCCAUGGGACAAGUCGCAAUUGGUGGAGUCUUUAUCUGACUCUCAGAUCUACAUGGCUUACUACACCAUUGCUCGGUUCUUGCACUCGGACUACUAUGGAAAGGAAAAAGGAGCAUUUUCCAUUUCUCCAGACCAAAUGACAGACGAAGUGUUUGAUUUCAUCUUUUCUCGUCGUGACGACAUCAAGACGGAUAUUCCAAUGGAACAGUUGAAAGCCAUGAGACGUGAGUUUGAAUACUUUUACCCAUUGGAUAUCAGGGCUUCUGGUAAGGAUUUGAUUCCUAACCACUUGACUUUCUUCAUCUACUGUCAUGUUGCCUUGUUCCCCAGAAAAAUGUGGCCCAAGGGUAUUAGAUCCAAUGGACAUUUGAUGUUGAACAACGCCAAGAUGUCGAAAUCUACCGGUAACUUUUUGACAUUGGACGAUCUUGUUCACAAGUUUGGAGCCGAUGCAUCUAGAAUUGCUUUGGCUGAUGCCGGAGACUCGGUGGAAGAUGCAAACUUUGACGAGUCCAAUGCCAAUGCUGCCAUCUUGAGACUUACCACGUUGAAAGAGUGGUGUGACGAAAUGGUCAAGAACCAAAACGACCUUCGUACGGGACCAGCAGACAGUUUCUUUGACGUUGCUUUUGACAACGAAAUGAACGAUUUGAUCGAGAAGACCUAUGCCGAAUUUUCUGAGACCAACUUUAAGGCUGGUUUAAAGUUUGGACUUUUCGACUACCAGACCGCCAGAGACUACUACAGAGACUCGGUUUCUGGAAACAUUGGCAUGCACAAAGAUCUCGUGUUGAAGUAUAUCGAGACACAAGCGUUGAUUUUGGGUCCUAUUGCUCCUCAUUUUGCAGAAUACUUGUACAGAGACUUGUUGGGCAAAUCUGAGUCGAUUCAAAACGCUGCUUUCCCACGAGCAUCAAAAGAGCCCUCAAAGUCGAUUUCCGAUUCCUUGGAAUACGUUAGAGAUAUUUCUAGGUCUAUUCGUGAAGCCGAGGCUAAUGUGUUGAAAAAGAAGAAGGGCAAGACUGCGCUGGAUCUUGAUGUGUCCAAGCCUGCCAAGUUGACCCUUUUCGUAUCGGAAACGUUCCCAGAAUGGCAAGAUAACUAUAUUGAGCUUGUUCGUGAGUUAUACGAAAACCAUUCUCUUGACGAUAACGGACUUAUCAAAAAGAAGGUGGGCAAAGAUAUGAAGAGAGCCAUGCCAUUUAUUUCGCUUUUGAAACAGAGAUUGGCUACCGAGAACACCGAGACUGUUUUCAACAGAAAGUUGACAUUCAAAGAAACCGAAGUGAUUCAGUCUGUCAUUAAUAAUCUCAAAAGAGCUCCAGUUUCAUUUGAAGUGAAAGAAAUUGAGAUCAUUUCGUUCCAGAACGGCUCCAAGAAGGGUGUCAAUGUCGCAACCGGAGAAGAAGUCGAGAUCACCUUGAGUGGAAAAGUGAUUGAAUCUGCGGUGCCCGGUGAACCUGGCAUUUUGUUCACCAACAUAGAAUAG